ACACGUCCAAGAUGAUAGGAACACAAAUCGUCUAUUUCACAACAUCGCUCGAUCAAAAACACCGAACACUGGUGGGAACAAAUCCAGCGAGCAUGACCUUCGUUCUGUUCUGUUGUUACAAUACAUUUCGUUUCUUUCUACGUUCUCGCCACUAUCAAAACAAACGGCCUGGGGGAGGGAAGCGUUUUCUAAUCCCCCAUCUGUCUAAAUCCCAUGUCAUGUCUAGGGAAUGCAUAUCACACACAGAGGGGGCAAGGGCAAGUAGGCAGACAGGCAGGCAGGUAGGUAGGCAGAGUUUAGUGCUCUUCUCUCUCUAACCCAACCACGGGGCGUCCUUCUUGGGCUUCGCCUCGGCGGCGGGGGCCUUGUCGUCAUCCUCGUCGUCGCCGAUGAUGAAGGCCUCGAGGGAGCCGUGCUGCUGGUCCUCCUUUGUCGCAUCCGGCCUCUUCUCAGCGGGCUUAUCCACAGCAGCAGCAGCAGCAGCCGCCUUCUUGCCCUUCUUCGUCUGCGUCUGCGGCAGCUGCUUCUUUGCGUCGUCGCCUGUCUCCUCAAUGUGCAUCUCUGCCAUGACGAGCUCCUCCUGGCGCUCAAUAUGGCCCAGGCGCUUCUUGAUGGCCGUCAGCCGGUCCUCGGUCGUGAACGAGUGGUCCUCGACGAUGAUGGACAGGUCCUCAAUCGCCGUCUCCAGGUCGCCCAGCCGCUCGUCGAUCGUCUCCAGCUGCGCGAGGAUCUGGCUGCCAAUGUCGGCCGAGAUGCUGUCUAGCGACGCUGCCGCCGCCGCCGCCGCCGCUGCCGUGGGCGAGAUUUGGCCAGGGGGGGUCUGCGGUGUUGCCAUUGUGGUAGUAGUAGCUCUUUUUUAUUCUCUUGUUUUUUAUUCUUCUAUACACGGAACGCUGUCUGCGGCAAUUUGUCUCUUGUGCGACAGGGUAUUAUUUGCGCUAUGGUUGGUUUUGAUGUGCCUGUAUAUGAGACAGCAGGGUGUAAGAAGGAGCAAGAGAUGUUGGGCUUCGCCGCUAUUUAAACCACGAGAGCCACACACGAGCGCGACAGGCCGAGCCGCGCUUUCGCAUUUCCGUUGGGACGAUGCAGACCGGCUGGGCGGCCGGCUGGGCGACCGGCCGGCCCGAUUGGGGCUCUUUUCUUGCCCGCGCGAGUCUCAAGUCUCCGCAGGUCUGACACGGUCAACUCCGUCGAGUCUAGUUCAAACGGGGCCACAUGAGGGAAAAAGCCGGCCCGGCCGGCCAACAAACACAAGACCCACCACCGUGCCGCGCCGUCGAGACUGGGGAUACGCACCUCACGGAGUAAGCACGCACGUACGUCGUGGCUAGCUAGGUGUGGGACGGGGGCGUGGACUCGCUCGCCGGGAAACAAUGGCAAUUGAUUGAAUAAUUCCUUCCGGAGAAGAACAACAAAAGAACCACGCACCACCUCCUCUAGGAGUUACGGCGCGCAGCAGGGCCACGCACUAACCAUGCCAAUCUCGUGUCUCUCUGCCGCCUCUCUCCACUGAUAGCAU